AGACGUGCUAGACAUUUCAUCUGCGAACAUGGAGGAGCUUCUGUCAGAUCUUGUGGCACCAGAAGAUCUAAAGAGGUUUGAGCAGAAGUAUAACGCUGAACUGGCAAAAGGGUCCGUUUCCAAAGAAACCACUUUUGAAUACGCCUGGUGUUUGGUCAGGAGCAAAUACACCAAUGAUAUUGUGAAAGGAAUCCACCAUUUGGAAGGACUGGUUCAUGCCAGCAAAAAGGAUGAUCAGAGAGACUUUCUUUUCUACCUUGCUGUUGCAAACUACAGACUUAAGGAGUAUGAGAGAGCAUUGAAAUACAUCCGUAUACUGCUGAAGAAUGAACCAAGCAACAAACAGGCCCUGGAGUUGGAAGCACUCAUCAACAAAGCACUAAGAAAAGAUGGGUUGGUAGGCAUGGCAAUUGUUGGCGGUAUUGGAUUAGGUGUGGCAGGAUUGGCAGGCCUUAUUGGUUUGGCAGUUUCUAAAGGAGCAAAGUCCUAAUAUGGAUUCUUGGGAGCGCACUUUGAUUCUAACUUGUCUCCUGAAGAGAUUUAAUGUUUUGAACAUCUAGUCACAUUAAACCAUUGGGACUUUUUUGAACUUUGUAUAAAUAUUCACUUCAUUUACUGCUCUAAACCCACAUAACUCUUUCACACCACAUCACAACUUUUGAUUAUGUGCUAUAUGAUAUAUAAGGUUCUGUAAUAUUAAAUAAGACAUUAUAAAAGCAUACGUUUAUUAUUUUUUAUUAUUUAAUAAUUGUAUUUUCAAUAAUGCCAAUCUGUAUGGAAAGUUUUUAAUAAACUACAUUAAUGUGUCACGCUUCAACGAA